CAUUCUUUCAGAGAUGAGAUUUUUCCUAAUAUCCAGCCUAAUCCUCCCCUGGUGCAACUGAAGGCCAUUGCCUCUUGUCCUACAGCUGUUGCCUGGGAGAAGUGGCCAAUCCUCACCUUGCUCCAUCCUCCUUUCAGGUAUUUUUAGAGAGGGAAGUGUAGGUUAGGUUAGUCAAGAGAAUAAGAUGCAGCUAGUAUACAUCAUAAUCACGUCAGCCAGCUUUUAGGCUAUGCAGAAACAUUUAGGAUAUUUUGGGAGAGCUGAUUUCCAAAGAUGAGGAACAUCUGUCCUGCUAUGCUGGGAAUGCAGAGUACUAUGAGAAGGUUCAGGCUGAUGUCAUGGUACUGUAUAAGAAUACAGUAUUCUUUCUAGCAGUUCCAGCUAUUUCCAUGGGACUGUUUGGAGAGACGCGCCUAAUGUGGGAGCAGAGAUUGUAUUGGUCUCUCCUUCAGGUGAAAAGCACAGACCGUCUGUCUCAUGUUGCAUGCUCUGGAGCAGUCUUACACAAGGAAAACUGGAGGAUUCUGGCCAGCUCCCCAGCAAGGCCGGGAUGCUCCUGUGCCCCGAGCUAGAUGCAAAUGGCAGGUGUAAGGCCACUUCCCGUCCCCAGUGACUCACAGCCAGAGAAGCACUGGCAUCCUGCUCCAGGAAGGGUCAUUCACUGCCCUGCCCUGCAGGAAAGGUGCACACAGGGAGAGCAUGGAGUUGGGGCAGCAGUAUGAAUCUCUGGGCAUGCGGAAAAUAAACAUGGUGUUGCCAGGGCUGCGGAGAGAUGGAGCAAGUCACGGGUGCCAUGGGCACAUGAACACCUGCCUUCGGCCUUCAAGGAGAUUGUUCCUUGAGCCUCCAGUGGGCUAAGCUUAGAACAAAAGCUUAGAAACUCCACUCCGGCUAUUAGCGUGCUCCUGCUAUCCCUCUGGGAGCCUUUUCUUUCUGUGCCUCAUGCUUGUGUUGGGAAAAAUUGCCUGUUUUCUCCAAAUGGAUCUUCUUUUCUCUCAAAGAGGCUUGUAUGGGAGUUCCAAACAGAUGUGUCCCAGGACGCCCUGAGGACUUCUCUCCAGUGUGACCUGGGAUCAAGGCAAAAAGCUGACUCCGAGAGUAAAACUGCUCCAUGAGGCUACGAUAGGAAUUCUACAGGUUACAUAUAUCAUUGCAAUAAUAAUCUUGUGAUUGCUAUUGUGUUUGGAAGGUGAUCCUGGAGCAGAGAAAGCAAGCUCCGAGCAGCUCUGUAAAAGUACCGCCUGGCUCCAUCUGCAGGUGGCAGCUGAGAUGACAGCCACGCUCGGUUUGGGGACAGGCUGCGCACAGCAGAAAGCAGAGCAAGAAGCUGGUCCUCAGCCCUGCGCUAAAGACUUGCCCACUGAAAGUAAAUCUCCACUCUUUUAGGGUUUCUCUUUCCAAAAGCAAAGAUUAGUGAGUCUGUGCUGGUUUUGUGCAUUUGGAGUUUUGGAAUAGUCCAGCUCCUCCGUGGUUUUCCUGGAAGGUGCCCUGGAGCUUGGCUUGAAAAGUUCAGGAUUCCCAUAUGUGAUCUGCAGUGAACAAACUGAUAGGCAGGGCAUGAGAAGUUUGGGGUUUGUCUCCACACCUGAGCUGGGAUGGUUGUUGGGGACUGUUGGUGUUGGCUCUGGGGGCCCACAGCUGCUGCCUGUUCCCUUUCCUUUCCUAGUGACAUUCCUGCAUCGUGCUGGAUCAUGGGGGCAUUUGGAGCCCAGCAGAGGAACUGAAGGGCGUGGGAAUUACACUUGUACACAUUAUAGUUUCUUAGUGCUCAGGCAAGAAUGGGUAUGGAGGAAUAAAUGUUAACAUGUUGCAUGCAUGUACCCAUAGAUGCUCUUGCGUGUGACCCUAGCAGUGCUCAACAGUUCUGCCCUGAACUACAGCUUUUGAUUCUUUUUAAGAAUCCCUGGAUUCCCAACCCCUGCCAUCACACUUUUCAUCUCUUUUCCCUCGGAGGCCCAGGACUCCAGUUACCUGCAUGCCACUCCUGCUCAGCCCCGUUCCCUCCAGCCAAGCAUGACCAGCUCCAGCCAUGUGGGGCUGAUUGGUGGCAGCAGCUCCGAGCUUCCCUCCUCCCAUCCCCGCUGUAGCCCAGCAUCGCUCCUGCAGCCAUUCUCCACAUGCAGCAUCUACAGAAGGCAGAAAUUCCUUCUGCUCAUGGCCACUGGAACAGGUAGUGGCAACCUGGGAUGCUGAGGCUCUGCCUUUAGCCCAGCUUGAAGAACAAGACCCGGGCACUGCUUUUGCCAUGCCGCUGGAUGUACCGACACCUGCUGGGAUGACGUUUUUCCUCCAGUAUGCUGGCUGUUUUUUUGCUUUUUUCUCUACUGGCUUUUUGAUAGCAUCUACUUGGACAGACUGCUGGAUGGUGAACGCUGAUGAUUCCCUGGAGCCAGCAGCGCACAGCGGGAGCCCCAGGGCCGGGAUCAGCACUAGCUGCCCCUGCUCUUUCAGCUGGUGUUUAUGGCUGAGUCAUUUGGGACAGCCCUUGAGAAGCGUCUGGGAAGGGGCUCACACCUCCACUCUGCACAGAACACUCCCUUAUCCUGAUGGGGCCACCUCCUUCUGGUGCAAGGCUGGUCCCUUUGAGUCAUGGGCAGCUCCAUCCUCAGAGCCUUCUCCACAGGUGAGUACAAAAUGCCGUGGUCUAUGGUGGGAAUGUGUCACAAAUGUUUUUGAUGGGAUCCAAACAUGUGAUGAGUACGACUCCAUCUUCGCUGAGCACCCUGUGAAGCUGGUGCUGACCCGAGCCAUGAUGAUCACAGCAGAUAUCCUGGCAGGAUUUGGAUUUCUCUUCCUUGUCCUGGGACUGGACUGUGUGAAAUUCCUUCCGGAUGAGCCACUUAUCAAGCUGCGCAUCUGUCUGGUGUCUGGAGUUACCUUGCUCAUUGCAGGUCUCCCAGGCAUCACGGGAUCAGUGUGGUACGCCAUUGACGUCUACGUGGAGCGCUCCUCUCUGGUCUUCCACAACAUCUUUCUGGGCAUCCAGUACAAGUUCGGCUGGUCGUGCUGGCUCGGCAUGGCGGGAUCACUGGGCUGCUUCUUAUCUGGGUCCCUGCUCACCUGCUGCAUGUACCUCUUCAGAGAGACCAGCUCUGGAAGGCUCCACUCUGUGUACUCCUUGAGGAAAGGCUACUCCUCUGCUGGGACGAUCGUAACAAACGUGCACUUGCCAUCCUCACAAACAGCAACUGCCAAAAUGUAUGCCGUGGACACAAGAGUGUGAGAAGAAGGCAGAGACAUCAGACAGAGCUCCACUCCAGUGGGUUGUGCAAAGAAUCGAGCUCCUAUAGUUGUGGUAUAGAUGCAAAGUUGAAUUUUGAGGUGUAUUGUAUGCUGCGCUGUUCGCAUUGUGACAGCUUAAAAAAAAAAAUUCCUUCAACAAAAUAACCUCCAAGAAGAUCUUGAUUUAGGGAUUCCUGAUGUCUUGAGUGCUGAGGCUGCUUGCAUAAGCACAGACUGAAAUCACAGCACAAACUCUUCCAGUGUUUGGCUCAUCGCUGUCAGUGCAAGUGAAAUAAAUUAGCUGCUCACACAUCAGCCACCAGCUCUCAGCAUGAAGAACCUGAAACUGUAAGACAGAUCCCAAUAGAUGGGAGUACGAGUUAUGGGUGAAGUGAUGAAUUCAUGGAAUAUACCAAGAAGGCACAGAGAGAUCUGGAGGUGAUAGGCAUUUCUGUUACUCCAGCUUCCUGGCGUAGUAGAGGAGGAGCAAUCUAGAAUCACCUGCUAAUGUGGAUACACUUGCAGAUCUCAGACCGUUGAUUUCUCCUGCUCCUUUCCUGGAGUAUGCUGCAGUUGGGGAGACUGUUGGGCCUUUGUCCUCAUGGUCUUCAGCUUGUUUUAGGGUGAUGGGAGGUGUUUUGUGACUUGCAAAACAUGUCAGACCGGGCAGUGGCUCGGUGGACGCUUUGGGACUGACCAUCUGUCCCUCCAGCCUUGUGCUCCUCUAGGUGUGCCAGUAAAACACAUGCAUGCCCCAAAUACUGGCUUAACUCAGGGUGCAAAUUCCUCAAAUAUGUAUGUAUACAGAAAUUAUUGCAUAAACACUCACAAGACAUUUUUGCCUUCAGUAUGGAUGUAGUAUAAGGAGUAUAAUGUAGUAUAAUUCUGUUCUCUGCACGCUGUAUGUUUGCUUUGGAAGAUCCAUCUCCUGCACAAGAGGGCUAAGUAAAGGUCACGGCAGCCCUUAGGUUUGCAGGGUUCAUGUUUUGUAACAACCAGUCCAACGCUGCGUUGCUUCAUUCAAAACCUGAUGACAAUCUACAUGAUGUUUUGAUCAGUUGUUAAUAUGUAAUGGUUCAUGCACUGAUUGACUGAAUUCUGAGGUUUUUUUCAUGACUGCAGUGUGUAGUCCUCAUUAGUUCAUUGUCAUGCCAUGAUGCCAAUCUAUUUUAGUUUGGUCCUUUACUAAUUAGCAAUAAUUCCUCCAGGGAGAACAUAGGAUUUCCUUUCCCUUUCAAAAUCACAAGCAGUCCCCAAGACUAAAGACAUUGCAGGUGAGCUCAGGUCUUAAGGUGCUUUCUUUAGUUCUUCCAAAUUCCUGUCUUCAUCAUGUUCAGCAGCAGCUGCCUGGUGUCAGUGGGAGUAGGUUCUGUUGUAGGGAUAACAGACUGCCUCUGCCUUCCUGAUGGCUGUUGAUGGUUGGGGACUGUCCUAAGACCUCCCACCGUUUCUUCCUGCUUUCUUGCCCCAUGGUGUCUUGUUGAACUUGGGGCUCCCAUUGCCAUCCCACCAACAGCCCUCAGCUCGGGGCAGCCUACUGGGACUCUGGCUAGUUGCAGGUUACAGAGGGCAGCAAUGUCUUAGCUCUUUGCUAAGGUGAUCUCAUGCUCUACAAAUAGAUAUUGAUUUCCCAUUUUGAUGUAUGCAAGCAAGAGAGAGAUAAUAAAAUGAUGACAUCUACAAUAGCUGCCCUUUCCUGCUUGCAAUAUAUUGUCCUUUCACUGUCUUGAUCAGUCUUGGCCAGAAGGGCUGUUACUACAGCUCUAACACGGACUCACUCUUUGUGAAGAGUCCUUGCAAGAAACAGGCAGGAAUUGUUUGCUUUUACAUGGGAGGGUGUGCAAUUUACUUUUACACCCCUCCCCUAGGUGUAUCUUCAUUCACUGCCUUUUGCCCACUGUGCACUGGCACAAGAAUUUGCAUGCAUCAGUCCUAAAAAGGGACUCAGAGUGUACCAAUAUAUCGAUGAUGUGUGGUUAGGGCCCUUAUGUUGUACCUGACUGGGAGAACAUAACCCUCUGAAGGACAAGCACCUGCAUUUGAAAAAUAACAAAGGGCUGUGGGAUGGUUGGUAAGUAGAUUAUAUUCAUCUGUUUUGACUUUCUGAAGGGAAGCAGUAUGUAUUAGUAGGGGUUGAAGUAGUGUCAGAGUUGACGCAGGCCAAGCAGUCUCAGGAGAUAACACUGUGAGGGGUUUGAAGUUCUGGUUUAGCUGUUUGCCCAAACCCCAAACAAUACAAUCAAAUAAUGGGAGUCAUUUUACUGACGGGGUGGUUCAAGAGUGGGCCCGAGAUGAAGAGAUUCAGUGGGUAUUCCACACCCUGUAUUACCCUUAAGGGAAUGUACUCAUAGUGGGCUACAAAUAGAUAUUUAACUGAUUGUUAGGUGUCAUUUCACCUUAAUUUAGCUGGAGAGAAUUUUGAAAUUUCAGUGACACUGAUCUGAUUGUGACACUCUUAUCCUGUCCUUGUGAACUAAUGAAUCCUCAUGCAGGUACACGGAUAUUUUCUAAAAUAGGGAUUUUGCUGCUCUUCACACACAUUGAUUUUUCUGUGAAUUCAGUACAUCUGAACUAUUAUUUUCAUCAGAUAAGAAUGUUACUUCAGAAUUCUAUUUUCCUUACGUAUUGUCAUAUUUCUGAGAUAAAAUAAAUGCAGUUGCCUUUGAGUGUCA